AUGAACAAGACAACCAUCUUAAACGUGUCUGUAGAUUGCAUCAGACCAGCUACAAACUUUACCGAACACAAGAAUGCAGCACCUGUGACGCUUCUAUUCUUAUUUGGAGUUGCUGGAAAUGCCAUAGCUCUUGUUGCUUUAUGCUGUUCUGCUAAAACUCAUAAAUGGCGCCCAUUUUACCGAUUUGUAUGCGGACUUGCCAUUUCUGAUGGUGGAGGAAUUUUAGCAUCCUACCCUUUUGCUUUGUCCCGAUACAUAUCUGAUUUUACAUAUGAAUUUUCUCCAGAUCUGUGUGCUUUCCUAGGAUUUGUGUUCAUGUUUACUUUAAUGUCAUCUGCUAUGAUCGUGUGUUGUAUGUCAUUUGACAGAUUUUUUGCCACUUUCUUUCCAUAUUUAUACAACUCUACAACAAAAGAACGCCGGACAAAUAUUAUACUGGGCACCGUGUGGAGUCUUUCGGGACUUCUCAGUAGUUUACAUUUGUUCGGACUCGGAUCAAGCAAACUGAUGUAUCCCGGUUCAUGGUGUUUUCUCAAUUUUAUUCAUGUAAGACCCGAAUGUCCCGAAGAUAGACUGAACAUGAUAUAUUCCUACAUUUACGCCACUACCGGCGUAAUAAUAGUCCUUUUAACCGUUUCAUUAAACACGCUGGUUGUCUUCUUCUUCAUCAGGAACAGAUUUGUCAGGACAACCCGAAACCAAAGAGAUCUUCACGUGAUUGUGUUCCUUUUGAUUAUUGUUAUAGUGUUUACGUCCUGCUGGGCACCUCUCAUGGUAAACAUCCUUCAGCAUGCCUCUGGUGCAGUAACGGGAGAGGGCGAUACUGAGCUCAACUUGCUGAGGUUUGGUGUGUUAAACUCAGUCCUAGAUCCCUGGAUAUACAUUUUGUUUCGAAAAGAAUUUCUUUUGUUUGUGCUUCGUGCUCUGGAAAGUGUAACUAGAAGAAAAUUCAAGCUUACAAAGAAGUUAUCUGGAGAUUGUGCAGCCCAUGUUGUCUCUUUUAAUGGACAUUAA